CUCAACCUCCAAAAAUUCCCAUCUUCUUACUCAACCUCAACUUCUAACUUUCUUUUCCGUUACGACCGCUUCCUCUUUUCUAUCAAACCAAUACCCAAAAUCUUCCACAAUGGCCACUGAGCGUGAAAGCAAGACCUUCCUCGCCCGCCUUUGCGAGCAGGCUGAGCGCUACGAUGAGAUGGUCACCUACAUGAAGGAGGUGGCCAAGCUGGGUGGAGAGCUCACCGUUGACGAGCGUAACCUUCUCAGCGUUGCCUACAAGAACGUUGUCGGUACCCGACGUGCCUCGUGGCGCAUUAUCUCCUCGAUCGAGCAGAAGGAGGAGUCUAAGGGAUCCGACAAGCACGUUUCGACCAUCAAGGACUACCGCAACAAGAUCGAGACCGAGCUCGAGAAGGUCUGCCAGGAUGUCCUCGACGUUUUGGACGACUUCCUUAUCCCCAACGCUGCCACUGGCGAGUCCAAGGUCUUCUACCACAAGAUGAAGGGUGACUACCACCGUUACCUCGCUGAGUUCGCCUCCGGUGAGAAGCGCAAGGGUGCUGCCACCGCUGCCCACGAUGCUUACAAGAGCGCUACCGAUGUUGCUCAGACUGAGCUCACUCCUACUCACCCCAUCCGUCUGGGUCUUGCCCUCAACUUCUCCGUCUUCUACUACGAGAUCUUGAACUCCCCCGACCGUGCUUGCCACCUCGCGAAGCAGGCCUUCGACGAUGCUAUUGCCGAGCUCGACUCCCUGUCUGAGGAGUCUUACCGUGACAGCACCCUCAUCAUGCAGCUUCUCCGCGACAACCUUACCCUCUGGACCUCUUCCGACAGCGCCGAGGGUGAGGCUGCCGGUGCUGCUGAUGCUCCCAAGAAGGAGGAGGGCGAGGCUGCCAAGCCCGCCGAGGAGGCUGCUGAGGAGCCCGCGCCUGCUCCUGCCUCCUAAAUCUAUCAAUAAUCCCCCUCGAUACCACAUGCGUCUCGGCAUAUAGGAACCGAGAUGUAUUCUCGCCCCGGUUACACUUGUCUGCCCCUGGACACACGGAUAGCUGGGACUGUCUUGGGCGGGCUGGAUGAUAGUACGAGGCUUCUUCUUUUUGCGCGGUGCGUUGCUUUUUUUCACGGCGAUGGAGAGGGAGGAAUGAAUCAAUAAGGGUCUGGUUCUGGGAAAGGGAAAGUGUUGCAGCGUGGAAUCUUUCGUCUCGUUCGUUCGUCGGACUCUUGAAGAAAAUCGACCGCCAACCUCUGAUGAUGAUGACGGCUCUUGUUUUUUUUCUUUUUACCUGGCAGAUAAAUCGCAAAGUUUCCCCCCCCCUUUUCACCUUUUAUCCUUGGCCCAUGUCUAGCACCUAGCAUUUGUGUAUCUCUCUCUAUUCUAUUCCCGUCUUGUUGUUCAUUAAGAAGUGGACAGGGCCUAGCCCAUCCCGAUGGAUCGCCACCAAAGAAGGCUUUCUCAUGUUUACGGCUUUCUCCCCCUUGUCUUAUAUUGUUCCUGUCUUUUCGUUCCUGUCUAUCGGCCUGUUAUCAGACCGUGCCCUGGUGAAAGAAGAUGGAGAUGAAUCGUUUUCUGUUACUUCUAAAAAAGACCACUUCCCCCCAAAGUUACACCCCCUUACAUUUUUUGCUCACAGGUACCGAGAAGAAAGGUUGUGACGUUGUCUCAUUUCGCUUCUUUCCUCCCGAGGCCUUUCAGAAGGUUCUGUCCUGGUGUCGUUUGCCCCGAAAGGCGUUUAAAGCCUUGAUACGUUGGCCGCCGUUAUCCAGUUUCGCCUUCUCACAAGUGCCUGGGCCCAACUGGCGCUUAUGGAAUUGACAUGUCUCAUGGCACAAUCGUCGCAUGUCACUCGUACCCAAGAUUAGAAAUAUUAGUUGCAUGCGCGUGCUUUCGUACGCGCUUGACACUGCCUGUUAAGGACAUCAAUUAAUGAAGAAUAAAUACUAUAUCAUGACACAUGUCGACAUGACCCCGGCUUCCCUAUUAAAAAUAUUACUGGCGCCAGGGCUUUCGUGAUUAGAGAGGGACACACAUUCGGCAUAGCGAGUGAUGCAUCAACCAGCCAGUGCGUUACCGUUCCUCGCCGUCGCGGUUGAGUAAUCUGGCUGCCCGUGCCAGCCUUUCUUGCUUCUCUCUCAACCCAUUUCCUCGCUCGCUAUCCCUCUCCAAUAUACCGCCCUCCUCGUCCAUAUCGCCACCCCUCGGCUCCCUGGUCUCAAGCCCACGGUACAUAGCCGUGCGGCCAUCAGGGGGUAGCUCGGCGGCAGCAGCAGCCAUGUUGACAGCAGUGCGUCUCUUGGGUCCAAAGCGCCAGCUGAGUCGCUUCCACAGGCUUCGUGGUCUAGAUCCAGCUGGUGAUGGGGGCGUGGCGAAAGAUGUAUCCGGGUCGAGAUCUGGUGUCGCGGCGGAUGAUGAUGAUACAGACGAC